AGUGAAUCGGAGUCGGUUCCGAGCUACAGACGCGUUGAGACGCUGCCGGUAAAAUUGUCUGUGCUGCGAAACUGCGCGUGAUUGUUUGCAAGUUUUUUGAAAGUGUGAACAAUUGCAUUUGCUGGAAGCAGAUAAUAAAAAACAGCGCAGAGCUCACAAAGGGUUGAAAGACCGAACCGGGCAGCAAAAAAAAAAAAAAACAAACAGCAACGCGUGCUACCGACACAUUGAGUGAAAGAAACCGGUUCGACGAAGCCCGAAAACAAAACUGCACAAACCAUGACCUUGGUCAAAGCAACCGGCUGUUCGCCGGUGUCCACCAGUAUUGGCCUACUUAUACUACUGCUGCUAGUCGCUAAUCAACCGAACCACGCAAGAGCAGCAGUAGCAAACUCAGCAACCGGCGGAAGUGGCGAAAGUAUCCUAGAUAACCUCAUAUCCGGACUGAUGUCAACGGCAGAAACUGCCAAAAGCUACCUGGACAUCGGUGGCUUUAGCGGUGACCGUGAAGUGAGAGACCAGCAGGCAGGACCACCGGCAUCGAUGGAAGCGGAAGUGACAACCGGUUCGUUUUUCGGACACACUACUUCGACGGCCGGUGGUAACACCGUCAGCUCGACAGUAGCCUCCUCCUCGAUGACAAUCGAUGGACAGACGCCCUUCUGGAAUCCGUUCAACUGGCUGAAACCGCGGGCCGUUUCGAUUCCGUACAACCCGGACACGGAUCUAAGCACGCCGGAAAUAGCAGUCCGUCACGGGUACAACGCGGAAUCCCACACACUCAAAACGGUCGAUGGAUACCUGCUGACGCUGCAUCGAAUCCCAUGCGGUCGGACUGGCUGUGCGAGCAGUGGCAAAGGUACCGGUCAGCCCGUCUUUCUGCAGCAUGGUCUGCUGUCCAGUUCGGCCGAUUGGCUGCUGAGUGGACCGGAGAAGGCACUGGCCUUCAUCCUAGCCGAUGCUGGGUACGAUGUGUGGCUGGGGAAUGCCCGCGGGAAUACCUACUCCCGGAAGCACGUAUCCAUGAGUAGCGACGAGACGGCAUUCUGGGAUUUUAGCUGGCAUGAGAUGGCACUUUUUGACAUUCCAGCUGAGAUUGACUUUGUUUACGCUAUGCGAGAGUUGGAACAUAAUGCCACCGAUCGGAAUCUGCUCUACGUGGGUCACUCGAUGGGAACUACUAUGGCCUUCGUGCUGCUUGCCAGUCGACCGGAGUACAACGAUCGUAUUGAGGCCGUGUUCGCAAUGGCCCCCGUUGCCUUCAUGGGACACGUCAAAAGUCCAAUUCGGUUGCUAGCUCCGUUCUCCAACGACAUCGAGAUACCACUAGAUCAGUUUCCCAGUCUUCAUAUUCCCAAUUGGGUAGACGGGUUCGCCAACGAUAUCCUCAAGCGGCUAUCGUUGCGUCUGUUGAUGAUCCUGAAAUUCUUCGGUAGCAACGAGUUCAUGCCGCAGAACAAAAUCAUCCGCUACCUGGCCAAGUACGGUUGCGAGUUGACGGAGGCGGAAAAGUACAUCUGUGAGAACACCGUCUUCGUGCUGUGCGGCUUCGACAAGGAGCAAUACAACGCCACCCUGAUGCCGGUCAUCUUCGGUCACACGCCGGCCGGGACGUCAACCAAGACGGUGGUUCACUAUGCCCAGGAAAUUCACGAACACGGCAAUUUUCAACAGUUCGACUACGGCGAGGCGGAGAACCAACGACGCUACGGACAGUCGAAGCCUCCGAGUUACGAUCUGGAUAGUAUCACGACACCGAUCGCACUGUUCUACGCCAACAAUGACUGGCUGGCCGGUCCGAUGGAUGUGGCCAAUCUGUUCAGUCGGUUGACACGCACCUCGAUCGGGAUGUUUCGGGUACCGAAUGAUAACUUUAACCACGUUGACUUUCUGUGGGGUAACGACGCACCGGAGGUGGUCUACAAGCAGCUGGUUAUGCUGAUGCAGAGGUAUAAGUGAUCGGCGCGGUUCGGGUGAGCGUGUCGUCACUGUAAUGCUUUGCGCAGGAUUUUUUCUUUGAUUGAGCAUUUUAUUUCUAUUGAAACAAAACGAUAAGCGCUUUAUUAUUGUUAUAUUCUAAUCUGUAGGGAAAAUAAACGAAUAGGAAGAAUUAAAA